UGCUGUGGCUGCUGCGUGUCGCGCCCUGAUUGGAGGAACUGUCAUCUGGGAGGAAGUUCUCGUGCUUAAUUGCCACUCUUAGAUAACUUAGAUAAUUGCCACAGUGAGCCAACUGUGCAGUGGGCUUUCCCCAGCUAGACCGUAAGCGCCCCCAGGGCAGGCAGCGGCAUUGCUUAGGUCAGAGGUGUUUGCUUCAAAGAUAUUCAUGCUGAGUUUCUAAAUUGAUCCUGAACAUGAGUAAUUAUACAGAGGUUGAAGUGAAAAUACCUUUUGAAAAUAAGAACCUAGAUGCUGUUUGUUCUGUCCCUGACAAGAUAUUAACUGACCAGGUGUUAAUAUACGCAGUGAUUCUUACCCAUGGAGCCGCAGGAGAUAUGAAUUUUCCUCAGUUGAAGUCACUGGCAAACCAUCUUGCGCGUCAUGGAAUCCUGUGCCUGAGGUUUACUUGCAAAGGCCUCAAUAUUACACACAGAAUAAAGGCAUAUAAAGCAGUUUUGGAAUACCUGAAGACUUCAGAUGAAUACAGACUUGCAGGUAUUUUCCUUGGAGGUCGUUCUAUGGGUUCUAGAGCUGCUGCCUCUGUGAUGUGUCAGAUUGAACCAGAAGAUGUUGAUGACUUUAUCCGAGGUCUCAUUUGCUUUUCUUAUCCCCUGCACCGUCCAAAGCAGCAGCAUAAGCUCAGAAAUGAAAGUUUGCUGCUUAUAAAGGGCCCCGUGCUCUUUGUUUCUGGUUCCGCAGACGAGAUGUGUGAAAAGAAAUUGCUGGAGAAAGUAGCAAAGACAAUGAAAGUCCCUACUAAGAUCCACUGGGUUAAAAAAGCCAAUCAUUCCAUGACAGUGAAAGGACGAUCUGCAGAUGAUGUUUUGAAGGAAAUCAACUCACAUGUCCUUUCUUGGAUCCAAGAAGUCAUUGAACUGGAUAAGAAAUAAUUCAUUGAUUAAAAUGUGUCAUUUGGAAUUUGUAUAUUUGAUUUGAUAUGCAAAACAGCAAAUCUCAGAAUUGUGAGGCAUGUGUUAGACCUGUUUCUAAUAUGUCUUUAUUAAUGUACUUUGAAUGCAAAUGUUACCUUGUUUAAAAAGGAGAUGUGAAAAUAUUCAGGUUAUAAUAGAUCUAAAUGGCUUUUAUCAAAUCUACUUUUUUAAAAAUUAAAUAUAUAGUUUUUCCCACUUA